CAAUCGCGCACCCUAGCGGGAAUUUUCAAAAUUAACAAUCAGUCCUGUCAAAAUGGCGUUGAAAUCACAGGUUGGACAAAAGAUUAUGAAUGAAGUCAUUAAGCAGAAAAAGAAAACAACUGGUGGAAUGGAAUGGAGGAUUCUUGUCGUUGAUCAAUUGUCAAUGAGAAUGGUGUCGGCUUGCUGUAAAAUGCACGAUAUCAGUGCUCAGGGUAUAACACUCGUGGAAAAUAUUCACAAGAAACGAGAACCGUUACCGACAAUGGAGGCUGUUUAUUUGAUAACGCCGAGCAAUUCGUCAGUUACAAAAUUAAUCGAUGACUUCAGUAAUCCCGGUAGACUCCAGUAUAAAAACGCCCACGUUUACUUCACUGAAGUGUGUCCGGAGGAGCUGUUCAAUGACAUCUGCAAGUCACUCGCCGCUAAAAAGAUCAAAACUCUCAAAGAGAUCAACAUCGCUUUCUUGCCGUAUGAGUCUCAGGUCUUCUCGUUGGAUUCAAGAGAUACAUUUGCAUGUUUCUAUAAUCCAUCGUUACAUCAUGUUCGUAGUGCAAAUAUGGAGAGAAUUGCUGAACAAAUUGCGACACUUUGUGCCACUCUUGGUGAAUAUCCAUCAGUUCGAUAUCGAAGCGAUUUCGAUCGUAAUGUCGAAUUGGCACAGAUGGUUCAACAAAAAUUGGACGCCUACAAGGCAGAUGAACCGACAAUGGGCGAAGGGCCCGAAAAGGCUCGCUCUCAUCUUUUAAUUCUCGAUCGAGGUUUUGAUAGCGUUUCGCCUCUGUUGCACGAACUCACAUUGCAGGCCAUGGCUUACGAUUUACUUGAAAUUGAGAACGACGUUUACAAAUACGAAGCCACUGCUGGACAGGAGAAAGAAGUUCUUUUAGAUGAGAACGAUGACUUGUGGGUGGAACUCAGACAUCAGCAUAUUGCUGUCGUUUCACAGAACGUUACGAAAAAUUUAAAGAAAUUCACUGAAUCGAAAAGAAUGCCUCAAGGUGAUAAACAAAGUAUGAGAGAUCUUUCGCAAAUGAUCAAGAAAAUGCCUCAGUAUCAAAAGGAAUUGAGCAAAUACGCCACGCAUUUACAUUUGGCCGAAGACUGUAUGAAACGAUAUCAGGGAAAUGUCGACAAACUCUGCAAAGUCGAGCAGGAUUUGGCAAUGGGAACAGACGCUGAGGGCGAGCGAAUAAAAGAUCAUAUGCGAAAUAUAACGCCUAUUUUACUCGAUCAGAAUGUGAAUAAUGUGGACAAAUUGCGCAUUAUUAUGCUUUAUGUACUCAGUAAAAAUGGACUUCCCGAAGACAAUUUAAAUCGUCUCGUUCAUCAUGCCCAAUUAUCGCCUGAGGACAAACAAACAAUUAUUAAUAUGGCAAAUCUUGGACUUAAUGUCGUUGUCGAUGGUAAUCGAAAGAAAUUGUACAAUGUGCCACGUAAAGAAAGAAUUACGGAACAAACCUAUCAAAUGAGUCGUUGGACGCCAGUUGUUAAGGACAUUAUGGAAGAUUCUAUCGAGGAUAAAUUGGAUUCCAAGCAUUUUCCAUUUUUAGGUGGAAGGGCAACUAGUUCUGGCUAUCAUGCGCCAACCAGUGUGAGAUAUGGACAUUGGCACAAGGAUAAAGGACAGCAGACAGUGAAAAAUGUACCUCGAUUGAUUGUAUUUAUCGUUGGUGGCGUAAGUUUUUCUGAAAUUCGUUGCGCCUAUGAAGUAACGAACGCUCUGAAAAACUGGGAAGUCAUCGUUGGAUCUUCGCAUAUAAUAACGCCAAGAUCGUUUUUGGAGGAUUUGUCAAAGCUCCACUUGAAUUGCUCGUAAAUGGCUUCUGUUUUUCUUGUCUGGCGAAUGAUGAUGAUGAUGAUGAUGCUGAUCAACAUUCCCGAGCGUUUAUCGCAAACACCACUCAGUUAUGUAUAACAUCAAAUAUAGUCACGGUUCCAUCAGUAAUACCAGCUGCGUUUCAUCGGCUAAUCGUUAAUCGCGAAAAUUAAUAAUUAACUUUAGAGAAAUUUCACUCUGUGUCAAUUGAAUUAGAUUCGAGUCGCUUAAAAAAACGAUUGGAAUAAUAGAAAUGGGUUCACGACUAAACCUUUUUUAGAAAGAGACUGUUAUUUAAAAAGAAAAGUUAACCAAAAAGAAAAAGAAAAAAAAAGCUUUUUGAAUCUCUUUGAGAUUUGAAAGUAUCGAGAGAUCAUCUGGUAUAAAAGUGCCUGUACGAAGAGUAUUUAGAAUGAUUACUCAUUGGCAGUACUGAUGACGAUUCGCGUUACGCAGAAUUUUUUCUGAGAGAAAGGUCUUAAUUUCACUAAAUUUUACUAAUUUCCUUCUAGAAAUUUCUAUUUUCUAAUUCGAACAGAUCGAAAAAUUCUCGAAACUGCGCAGUGCGAACGUGAAUCGUGCUAAAAUUUUAUUUAAAAAAAUUAUAUUUCUUUUUUAAUUUAGUUCAAGAUUCAAUUUUACUUGCUCUUUUCAAAUUAAUUUAUAAUUCUAAUUAAAUGAUUAAAAAAUAGGAAAUUAAUUUUUGGUAUUUUUUAUUUUGUAGAGAAUUUUCAAAGUCGAGAAAAAUUAGUUUUGAAUUGAAGGCUGAAUAUUAAAUGCGUGUUAAAUACAUUGUGAAACCUUUGUAGUAUUAAAAAAAAAGAAGCUCUUUUAGUCGGGAGGAGUGCAAAAAUAAUAGAAAUUCGCCAAAAGUGCGUGAUGAAACAACUUCGUAUUAGAAAGUAACGAAUCCAAGUUCAUACUGAAAAGAAAAUAUCAAUUUUUCCUAAAAGUUGUUAAUAAUUAUAAAAAAAAAUUCUCCAGAAUGAAAAUUGCAUCAAAUUUUUUUGAUGAAAUAAUUAAAAUAGAAAUCAAAGCAAAGAAAGUCAAUCAGUAUUCAAUUCACAUUAGAAUUUUUAAUCUAGAAAAUUUCAAAAAAAAAAAAUUGAUGCGCAUUUUCCUUCUAGAGAAACAUAAUAUAUAAUUGUAAAUCUCUAUAGCUUUUUUGAAUCUUUACAAUUUUUGCUCCUUACGAGUAACUAAUGUAAUAAUUGUAGAUUUUAAUUAUUCUUUAAUAAUUUUUAUUAAAGAGCAAUUUUAAAAUAAUAAUAUAUUAAAGAGCACUUUCAGCAAAAGAAAAACAAACAAAAAUAAUUUCACUUUGUCUAUAACUCUUUGCACACGCCCAAAAUAAUAUAAAAAAGCAAUGCUGGAAGUCAUUGCGCAGAUUAAUAAUUAAUUAAAUAGUUGAUAAUUAUAAAAAAAAAAAAGAAAAAUGUUCUUCUAGAAUCUGUAGAGUAUUUAUGUUUAGAAUGAGAAAAAUGAAACUACAGAAACAGUUGAACUGUCGAUAGAUCGAAAUUAAUUAGGGGAUCACUUUUUGGGAAAAAUCUUUUUUUGUCUGUUACAUAAUUGAUCGUUCUUGUAUUUAAUAAGUUAAAAUUAAUACGUUAAUACGCGUUGCAAUUACGUGGCAACGAUAUUAUUAUAGAGUUUAUGAUAUUUAUAAAUUAUGGAAAAAAUAUAUAUAUGUAUGUUUGUAGUUGUAGCACAAGUCAAAGUGUUAUGCUUAUAAAGGCCUACACACCAGUGUAA